AUGGCUGAACAGGACCACGUUGAUUUCAAGUUGUACAGAUAUACACCCAACGGCGUUGCGGCAGGGAUAUUCGUGGCCCUUUUUCUCCUCACGACAAUUUACCAUAUCUAUCAGUUGGGGCGCAGACGGGCAUGGUACUUUAUUGCCUUCGUGAUUGGAGGAAUAUUCCAGAUCAUUGGCUAUGUCUGCCGCAUUCUCGCCCAUAAUCACAAAGAAUCGGUUCCAAUCUACAGCGUGCAGACCAUCCUUAUCCUGCUUGCACCGCCGCUCUACGCUGCCUCGAUCUAUAUGGUCUUGGGCCGUCUAAUUACCUUUCUACGUGCCGAAAAGCUUAGUCUGGUUCCUGUCCGGUGGAUGACCAAAAUCUUCGUCGUAGGAGAUGUGGUUGGAUUCGUCGCGCAGGCUGCAGGCGGCGGCAUCAUGGCAUCUGGCACGAUAGAAGACUACAAACUCGGCGAACACGUUACCGUCGCUGGCCUGGCGGUUCAACUAGCGUUCUUCAGUGUCUUCAUAGUAACCUGCGGAAUAUUUCACCGCCGCAUCCGACAGACGCCCACACGGGAAGUGGCCGUUAUCUCGGCCCGUCUCCGCGAACAGAAGAGACGGGGGUGGGAGACUGUCCUUAUGGGGCUCUAUACUGCGAGUCUGCUGAUUCUUGUGCGAUCGAUCUUUCGGAUUAUUGAGUAUGCGCAAGGCAAUGAUGGGUAUCUAAUCAGCCAUGAGGUGUUUAUGUAUGUCUUCGACUCGGCACUGAUGUUCUUGACCAUGGUUGUCAUGAACGUGUGCCAUCCUUCGAUGAUUCUGGUUGGGCCCCAGAAGGGGAGAGAUGCGGAGAUGAGAGUGCUGGAGUCUGAUGAGCAGAGUAGUUAA